ACGGAAGUCCUCCUACAGACAGAAAGAUGGCGUUUAAUGGUACUUGGAAAGUAGACAGAAAUGAAAACUAUGAAAAAUUCAUGGAGACCAUGGGUGUUAACGUCAUGAAAAGGAAGUUAGGAGCCCAUGAUAAUCUGAAGAUCACUAUUCAACAAGAUGGAAACAAAUUUAUUGUCAAAGAAUCAAGCAACUUCCGUACCAUCGAUAUUGAAUUCACUCUGGGAGUCAGCUUUGAAUACAGUCUGGCUGAUGGGACUGAACUUACUGGUUCUUGGAACCUGGAAGGAGAUAAACUUGUAGGAACAUUUACAAGAAAAGAUAAUGGAAAGCCACUCAAAGCAUACAGAGAAAUCGUCGGCGAUGAACUCGUUCAGACCUACGUGUAUGAAGGAGUUGAAGCCAAGAGAUUCUUCAAAAAGUGCUAAAUUCUUCACCCAGAACAGCACUAGAACUGAAAUCCAAUGAUAAAAGGCCAUUUUUCUGCAUAUACCGUGUUGUUUUUCCUUUUAUCCCCUCACAGCACCUAAAAAGUUGUGAUCACUUACUGCUACUGAAAACAUGUUUGUUUACAUUUAGUGUUUUGCCUUGAAUAAACAAAAUUCAAUUACAAUUU